AUGACAGCUUCAAGCUGUAUCGCAUUGAUAACUGGGUCUGCUCAGGGAAUCGGUCGCGGCAUCACUCUUCGGCUUGCAUGGGAUGGCUUUGACGUUGCUCUUAAUGAUUUACCCAAUAAGGAUGCCGAGCUGGAACUGGUAGCGACCGAAAUCGAGUGCCUUGGGAGACAGGUCUGCAUCGUUCCCGCCGACGUGUCCGUCAACAAACAAGUCAAAGAGAUGGUCGAUGCGACUGUAGAGUCAUGGGAUCAUAUCUUCUCAGUGAACGCCCGUGGAACUUAUUUGUGUCAUAAGUAUGCUGCCAUGCAGAUGAUUGAACAGGGACGCGGCAGUCAAAUCAUUGGUUUUCCCUACAGCUCCUCGUAUGCAGCGAGCAAGUUUGCAAUUCGAGGGCUAACUCAAGCUGCAGCUAUUGAGCUCGGUCAAUAUGGCAUUACUGUAAAUGCAUAUGCUCCAGGCGCGAUACAGAUUCCUAUAUGUAAGGUCGAACCAAUUUCCGAUUUCCCAGUACUUGAGAAUGUUCCUGUCAAGCACAUUGGACAGCCUGAAGAUAUAGCUAGCAUUGUAAGCUAUCUCGCAUCGAAGGAAGCGCACUUUAUUACCGGUAACAUGUUUUGUCUCCAGGUCAAUGUGCAGGUCAAUCUAGUUUGUCGUAUACAGCCGGUUUGA